CGGUAGAGCACUCCCUACCCGCUGCCUGCCAGCACAAACGCAGGGAGACAAAGGCAACAGGAAGCAAAACAUUGUGGAUUCUAAUUUGGAACAUCCCCACACCUCCAUGGGUUAGCCUUACUGGCGCCCUGGAUUCCUUGGACUAAACUGUCAUCAUGAAGUUUGGCAAGCGGCAAAAAGGGAUCUCGAUGAUUUCUUGAGGCUAUGUGGCAAUAGAGUGGUGAGAACCUGACCAUGGGUGACUGGAACCUACUGGGCAGCAUCCUGGAAGAGGUCCACAUUCAUUCGACUAUCGUGGGCAAGAUUUGGCUGACCAUCCUCUUCAUUUUCCGCAUGCUGAUCCUUGGGGCAGCCGCCGAGGACGUUUGGGACGACGAGCAGUCGGAGUUCGUCUGCAACACCGACCAGCCAGGGUGCAAGGCGGUCUGCUAUGACCGCGCCUUCCCCAUCUCGCUCAUCCGAUUCUGGGUGUUGCAAGUCAUCUUCGUCUCGGCGCCCUCGCUCGUCUACAUGGGCCACGCCCUCUACUGUAUCCGAGCCCUGGAGAAAGAGCGCCACAGGAAACGGAUACAGCUGAAGGAGGAGCUGGAUGAGGCGGAACUACCGCUGGAUGAGCACAAACGGAUGGAGAGGGAGCUGAGGAGGCUGGACGAGCAGAGAAGGGUGAAGAGGGCGCCCCUGAGAGGGUCUCUCUUGAGGACGUAUAUCAUCCAUAUCCUUACACGCUCUGCGCUGGAGGUGUUGUUCAUCCUGGGACAAUACGUUCUUUAUGGUGUGCAACUCGACCCGCUUUACAAAUGCGAGUGGAUACCUUGCCCUAACAGUGUGGACUGUUACAUCUCAAGGCCAACAGAGAAAACUAUCUUCAUGGUCUUCAUGAUCGCUAUUGCUGGGGUUUCUCUCUUCCUCAACAUUCUGGAAAUAUCCCACCUUGGUAUCAGGAAAAUCAAACAGAGCCUCUCAGGAGACAAGUACAUGGAGGAGGACAGUUUGAUCUUCAAGUCGAAGAGGAAUGUGUCAUUAUCGCAUCAUUGUGUGAUGUCACCUUACGAUGGACCUUUGACUCAGACCUUCAAAGUCAUACCAGAAGAAGACGUUAACCCCUCGCAUUACUUUGGGAUCAAAACCGGUCAUGAGGCCCAGAGGAACAACAGCAUGGCUCAUUUGGGGCACACGCAGGCCAGCUAUCUCUGCCCCCAACCCAGGACACCAAACAGAUCUGUCCAGAACUGUGUCCUCUCCCAAGCUCAGCAAGGUCCAGAGGUCUUCACAACAAAAGUGGACCAUCAUCUUUGUUGGCCGUCUGUGGUGUCUAACGUGGAGGGAAGUGCAUCAAACCCUCAGGAGGACACGCAUCUGGGACAUUAUCAAGGCUCUCUUCUGUCCAACAACACAAUACGACCCUCUUCUACAGACCUCCUUGACAGACAGAACCGAAGAGACUCGAUGGGGAGCGAGCACCUCAUCCACAAACCGAGAAAAACCAGCUUCAUGAUCAGACCUCCGUCUGAAAGCUUAUCAUCAAUCAGUGGUUCCACAAGUCAGUCCUUACAUUCCUCAGAAGAAUCAGAUGAACUUGGAUCGCUGCAGGGAGACAUGCCCAUGAUGCCACCUGCUGGAGGCAGGAGAAUGUCAAUGAGUGUGUUUCUGGACAUUUCAUCGAUCAUGAAGAAGUGAGGACACGUAACAUCCUGACAAGGCUAUCAAAGAUAAGACGACGUGGGUACUUUGUGGCUACUUAUAAGCAUUGGAUAUUUUUUUAACAGACUUUGUUGUGUGUUCUGACAACACACACAUGUUGGAUUAUGAAGCAUAUUUUGUCGUGUAAUGUGUUUUUCUAAGCGAGAUUUGAUGAGAACAUGUUUGUCAUUCUGUAUCGUUUACACAAAACAUUUGUAAUAAACAGCAAAGGC